GUGGCGCUGCUGGUCCGUGUGGGUGGGCGCGGGGGGCGUCUAGUCGGUUGCCGGCCGAUGGGCUCCCACGGCGAGUCCAGCGGCCCGGAGACGAAGAAGCCGGACUUUCUGGAUGAAGAGGUUCAAAGUAUUCUCUCCAAGAUGACCGGAUUGGAUUUGCGGAAAGUUUUUAAACCAGCCAGACAGGAGCUUAAACCCCCAACGUACAAAUUAAUGACAGAUCUGCAGUUGCGGGAGGCCACAGCAAAGGCUAUGGAAGCCGCCAGACAACGCUUAAAAAUGCCUCCGGUACUGAAGGAACGAGAGCCAAUAAAUGAUAUUUUAGCGGAGGAUAAGAUCCUCGAAGGCACCGAGACCGCCAAGUAUGUGUUUACUGACCUAACGUUCGGCACGCCACACCGUGAGCGGUUCAUCGUAGUGCGAGAACCAAGUGGGACGUUACGCAAAGCCACCUGGGAAGAACGGGACCGGAUGAUACAGAUCUAUUUUCCAAAAGAAGGGCGUAAAGUUUUUCCGCCGGUCCUAUUCAAAGACGAAAACCUUAGGGCAGUGUUCAGUCAAGACCGUCACGAAGAUGUCCUUAAUCUCUGCGUGGCCCAGUUCGAGCCGGACUCGGGCGAGUAUAUUAAAGUGCAUCAUCAGACCUACGAAGAUAUUGAAAAACGGAGCAAAUACGACCUCUUACGUUCCACAAGACACUUUGGUGGGAUGGUAUGGUAUCUGGUAAAUAAGAAGACGAUAGACGGUUUGCUCAUUGACCAGAUCCAGAGAGAUUUAGUGGAUGAUGCUUCCAGUUUAGUUCGACUCUAUCACCUGCUGCAUCCAGAUGGCCAGUCGGCUAAAGAGGCUAAACAACAAGAAGCCCAGGGCCUGAAUUUAAUUAAGGUAUUUGCCAAAACCGAAGCCCAGAAAGGAGGAUACAUAGAGUUGACGCUACAGGCUUACCAAGAAGCAUUCAACAGUCACGCUGCAGCUUCCUGAGCCGUCCUCGCCAAACUAACUGCAGCGCCGCUUUUUGAUGUAUUGUGAAAACCGUGGUGACAUUUCAGUUGUAAAGAAAAUUAAUCCAAAACGUCUGCUAAAAAAGAAUCAAUUUUUUUUUCUAGCA